CUUCCUUAAUUAAUUUCUUCAUCUGAUUUCUCUUAUUUUUAUUAUUAUAUAUACUCCAAUCGAUCCGUAUAUUUGUCUUACUAGCUAGCUUGCUAGCUCAGCUUCCGGCCGGCCAGUUUGAGAGUUCAUUUUCCGAUCGAAUUAAACCCCGGCCUGGCCUGAGCAAUAUACUGGUAAUGGAUCAAGACUUGCGCUUCUAUGUUGGAAUUAUAGGAUUUAUCCCCUCCAUUUUCAUCUUCUUCUCCCCCGCGGAAGUAUUUAGGAGGAUAGUAAAGAAGAGAUGCACAGAAGAAUUUGAUAGCAUCCCCUAUAUCUCUGCGUUGCUGUGUUCAUCCCUUUGGUGUUACUAUGGCAUCACCAAACCUGGAGAGCUUAAGGUUUUUACCAUUAAUGCCAUAGGCGUCUUCGUCGAGUCCAUUUACGUCUUCAUCUUCCUCAUCUUUGCUCCUCCAAAGAUCAAGCGCAAGACAGGCGGACUGGUCGGCUUUCUGAACAUAGGGUUUGUGGUAGCGGUGGUUUUGGUAACGAAGUUGGCGCUUCAAGGAGCUGCUCUGAUAAAUGCCAUAGGGUAUCUAUGUGUUGGAUUGAACAUCAUCAUGUAUGCCUCCCCCUUGGCUGCAAUGAGGACUGUAAUGAGGACGAACAGCGUGGAGUUCAUGCCGUUUUACCUGUCAUUGUUCAUCUUCCUAAACGGUGGCGUUUGGACGUUAUAUGCUUUCCUAGACCAUGACUGGUUUCUUGGGGUGCCAAAUGGGAUGGGCUUCAUAUUCGGAGCAGCACAGUUAAUACUUUAUGCCAUUUACAGUAAGUUAGAAAAAGCAGCCAAACAUUCCACCGCUGUAUUCGAAGACUACACGCAAAAUGAGCCCCUUAUUCACCCUUCAAAUCACUACGGAGUUGUUGUUCAAGUAUAGACUUGUAUUAUGGAUGGAAUUCGAUGCCAGAAGUUCAACCAAAACUAUAUGGAGUGUCUGCAAAUAUUGUUACCACGAUAAUAAUAAUCAUUGUUAAUUUGUUAUUCAAUCUGAUGGUUAUUAUAUUUUUGUAAGAUUACGUACAUUGUAUUUAAUUAUUUAUUUGAACAAAGUGUAUCCUAUUAAAUUUAUUUGCUACUUUGUUUUGGCAAAUUUGGUUGGAUAAGUAUCCUCACUUGAUCAAACAAAAUCAACCUUAUUUUAUACGCAAAUUAUACUCUAUGACCGGCAUACCAUGUGCAAGGUAUGCAUGGUCCAAAUACGGUACCGUUUUUUAUAACAAACGAUCAUUUAAUUUUGCACACUUCCACUUUCCCACUUUGGUUUCUUUUGUUCUUCUUCAUUUUUUUACUAUUACGGAGUAUUUGUUUCUUUUAUCAAAAGCUCUCUCCCUCCAAGUCACAAACACCCCCCCAUCCCGUUUCUUUUUUUUUCUUUUACGGUUUUUACUUUUAAUGUUUUAAUUAUCAAAAGCUAUCUUGUUUCCAAAUGAUUUUCUUAAUAUACAGUGUGUAUUACAAAUUUGUGAUCAAAAUUUCAUCCUUUCAAAAAUAAAUUAAUUAUUUUUUCUUUCUGUCUUAGUCCUUAUUCAUACAUUUUUUUUCUUUUUUUCUUCAAUUGCAAUUACAACCAAUUUUUUUUUGUAUUCUUCAAAAUAAAUAUUUUCUUCAAUGUUUUUUCUCCUUACAUUCCAUUUUAGACAACUUACAUAUCAACUUGAUUCAAGUUACAUUUCCUAUUACUGCUACGGUUCAUCCGUGUUUUGCCCCUGGGAGCAGGGGCGGACCGUAGUAGAGACCCAAGGGGGUUAACGCCCCCCCAACAGAAAUUUUUUUAGUGUAUAUAUAUACGAAAAAUAUAUUUUGCUCUCCCAAAAAGUAUUUUGAACUCCCCCCAAAAUAUUUUCACCCCCAACAUGACUUUCCUGGGUCCGCCCUUGCCUGGGAGCAUGAUGGUCAUAGUGCACAGAUACCA